AUCUCCACAAAUAUCAAAAAAAAAAAAAAGCUGGACUAAAUAAUUAUUUCUUAUCGUUGAACACUAGUUUAAUAAGAUUUUCUUCCCACAUAUGCUGACUUACUCAGUUACUUGUCGUUAUAUACAAGGAAAGAUAUCAAUUAAGCAAUAAUUUGUUUGUUAAACUGAUGAUAUUCUGAAGCUAUCUGAGAACAGUUGGAACAUUAAAAGUUGGAAAUAUAUAAUAGUUGCCAACAAAGACCAGAAUUAAAAUCAACUACCUGUUAUCUAAGUUGACAAUUCAAAGAUGGUUUUUAGGUAAUAUUGAUGGAUUGCUUUGAAAAGUAAACGAAAACGAACUUUGAGAUCAAAACACAAGUGAAACGAAAAGGUAUAUAAAUUAUAAAAUAAACAAACAAAUCUUGUGAUGAAUUUAGACUAUAUACAUAUAGUUAUGGAUUAUCAUAUGUUUCAAUUUAAGAAAAAUGACAAUAACUAGAUUAACCAUAACUCUUUAUAUAUUACAACAAAAUUCUAUAAAUUAAUACUCGAUAAAUUAAUAAACUUAAUAAAUUAAUAAAUUUCACAAGUUCUAAAUAAGGUCAUGUAAAAUAUGAUACAAUUCGGAAAGAUAAUAAGAUAAUAAAUUUUUAAAAAUAUUAUGUAAAUAUAUUGUCCCAAUGUAAAUAUAAAUAAUAUAUUGAUAUUUUGAGUCUAUUUUGAUCUUUUCUUAACACAUCAAAAUAUUUGAUGUUAUUUGAUUACCAAAUAAUCGAAAAAGAAUUAUAUAAAAUUUUUAUCUAUAAAAUUUAAUCAAUACAUAUACCGCAAAAUCAAAGUAUUUUUUUUUAUUUAUACAUUAAACACAUACAUCAAAAUACAAAAAUCUAAAAAUUAUUUUUUUGUACAUAUUUCUAUGAAUUAAAAAAAUAUUGUAAUCUCAACAUUAUUAAUUUAUAGAGUUUGUAUUGUAGUUAGUUUUGUCUCUAACUAACUAUGUGAAAUUUCAUUCAUUCAGUAACAUUUUCUUUCACGUUUAAGCGUGAAUAAUUGCGAAAACAACAUUCACGAAGUGGCCUUUGAUACCAUGUUAAAUUCAGAGUUAUCAUAAACUUAUAAAUUAAAAUAAAUCGGAAAUAAAUAGAUUAACUUUAACUCCUUAUAUAUUAUUUAGUUAAUUUUUUUCAAUUACCUAUAUGAGACUUUCACAUUUUCUUUACAUAACUUGUAAAAUGUAUCUGCUUACAAAUUACAACGGUCAAAAUCACAAAUGUGUUUUUUAUCAUAAAUUUUGUUAAAUGGAAAAUUGUUGACCAAAUUGAAAAUAUUACACAUGGUUGGUUGGUUUAGAAGCAAGGGAACAUUGGUGGUGGUGAUGGUGAUGCAUAUUUAAAUCCAAUGUUUGCUGAGAGGAUGAAAUCUCCACCAUAAUUUUUUUUGGUUAUGCAUUUAUAACAUGUUAUUUCAAUUCCUGUGUUAACGGUGAUGGUUCUUCGACUUAUUCUUCUGGUUGAAUUUACGUAUAUAUCUAGUUGGGAAAGUGGAGUUGGAGCAUUAUUUGGUUUGUAGAUAAGUGUUGGAGCAGGAUUUGAACCAAGCACUGGUGACCGAUCUGAUGUUGAUGGUGUUUCAGUGGUCUCACAGUUUCCCUUCAAAAUCAUUGUAUCGUAUGUCAAGGAUCAGCAAAUACGGCCAAGAGAGGGCAUCUGCCUGAAACAGACUAGCAAAAUGGUUGCUGCUGCCGUCGAAUUUUUACAUCAAUUCCAGUUUUGAAAGGUUUUUUUGGAACAACUCUGCAAAAUCUAUUAGAAUUAACUUGAAACAAAACGACAAUAAUCAAACCUAUUUCAGGGGACAAAUACUUGGCUAUGUCUGCAUGGUUCAUAUCAAUUUUCCACCAUAACCAUUAUGUGUGGCCGUGGGCCAUCAAAUGCCGGCGCGGAGCACACACAUUUGUAAGAACACACGUUUGGAGCAACCCAAUAAGCUAAUGUGUUGAAGGGAUCGAAGUACGUUGCUUUUCAAGCUUGAAGGGCUAUAACUAUAAGCCCUCUUAAAUCAGUUAUCAAAUUUGAGGUUUAAAUUGAAUUAAUAAUCCAUAUGGCACAAAGAUCACCGUUUUCCGAUAAAAGCCAAAAGUUGGCGUCUGGUAAGAACCAAAGCUUCUUCGUCAUGAGAACUAGGUCUGGGCAUUUCAAGUAUCGGUUUGGUUCAAAUAUUUCAGCUAUUAGGUAGUUCAGGUAGGGAAUUAGAGAAUCCAUUUACUAUUUGACUUAUUUCAGUUCAGAUAGUUCCGGGUUCGGUUCGGCUAAUAAAACUAGGAACCGAAAAUACAUGGAAAAAACUCAGUUCACAUUUGGUUUCGGUUCCGGUUCAGUUAUUUGGGAUGGUUCGGAUAAUUCGGGUAAAAUAUCAGAUACUUCGGGUAAAAUAUCAGAUAUUUUGGGUAAAAUAUCGAAUAAUUAGGAUGAUUCGGGUAUUUUAUAAUAAUUUAUUUUUAAAAAAAUAUUUUAGUAUACUUUUUAAUAGAUUUUUAAAUUAUAAAUAUAUAUAUUUAAUUAUUUUAUACAUAUAUAUAAUUAAUAUUUUAGUAUAUCCGGAUACCCGUUCGGUCUUUGGCUCCGGUUAGAUUCAGUUAUCUCGGAUAUAGAAAUAAGAACCGUUUGAGUAUUUGAGAAUUUUGGUCUGGUUUCAGUUUUGGGUAUUUCGAUUUGACUCCGGUUUGGUUCGGUUUGGUUCUUCGGUUCCGUUUUUUUUGGCCGAGGCCUAAUGAGAACGGUAACAGAAUGUGUAAUGACAAAUAUAAUAAGAAGAAGAGGAGAAGGAAACAGCCAUAAUAAGGCUUCUCCAUUGUCAUUCGAGUCAUGGUGAUGAAAAAACUUUGAAAUGACUCGAUGAUUUCAAUAGAUACUUGAUGUGGACAAAAAGACUAUGAUGAAAGAAAAGCAAACAGAAACCACCUAUUUUUUCUUUUCUACUUUUCACAAUACGAAAAUUAUAUAGACUAAUGAUUUAAAGAUUUUUAAAAUUCCUUGACAAUGCCUUUAGAAGUUUUGUUUGUGUUACUACCACUAGCCAUGGACGUUCAGAUACCCAUUCGGAUUCAUAUCGGGUGUUUUGGGUUUUAGGGGUUUUGGAUGGAGAGGUAUAGAACCCGUUCGAGUUAUUUUAUACUUUGGAUCGGGUUCGGAUUUUUAAGGUUCGGGUUCGAGUUAUUUUGGGUAUAACCGAACUGUAUAACAAAUAAAAAAAUUCUAUGUAUCCUUGAUUUGACUUUGUGAGACCAUAAACAAUAUUGUUGAAGUUAGAAGAUUGAACAGCUUAAUAUAAGAUUUAUUAUCUUUUUCUGAUUUGUUAUUACGUUGAGGAACACGAGUCUAUAUUCUUUUUCUUCGUAUAAUUUAUAUUUGUAUUAUCUUGAAUAGAAAAUGGUAAAGAAUCUAUCUAUUCAUAUAUCAAAAGCAGAGAGACAUCAAAAUCAAAUAGAAAUCAUACCUGAAUAAUCAUGAAUGUUUGAGCUUAUGCUUGUGUAAAUAGCACAGAGAAAACAAAUCGCAAAUCCUACUUGUAAUCAAACAUAAAUCAAAAUCGCAAAGUAUAGUGAUUCAUACAUGUUAUCGGUCAUAAAAUGAGUAUAAAUAUGUACUGAACAUAUACGUUGAAGAAAGAGAAGACGGAAAAAUGAAUGGGAAUGGAAGAUGUAAGUUUAGGGUUAAUAUAAAUAAAUAUAUAUAUAUAUAUAUUAGGAUACUUCGGGUAAUUGGUUCAGGUAUCGGAUAUAACCAAUCGGGUACGGGUAUCCGGACUAGUGUAAUCCUAAACUUGUUCGGGUUUUAUUAACUUCGGUUUGGUUUUCAGUUCAGAUUUUUCGGACCGGUUCAGGUUCGGGUUUCGAUUAAUAUGCCCACACCUAACUACCACAUUCAAAUUUUAAACGACCGAUACUUUUACACACUGGAAAAAAAGGUAAGAAACUUUUUUCGUGUUGUGAACAUGUUUCUUCUUGUUGGCGUUUGUGUUUUGCACUUUUAAAAACGCUAAAACAAAUACAAAUAUUUUGUCCUAUAAUUGCUGAUACUAUGGACUGUUUCUUUUGUAAUCAUGAUGGGAACUGUUUCUUAUAAAAAGAUGGGAUAAAGUAAACUAACAAAAUAAAACGUCAAAAUCCGUUUAGAUAUACGAAUUGCUGGAAAAAAUUGUUAAGACAAAGUCUUUAUUAGUAGUAUAGCACUAAAAGAAAAUUUUCAAGGAUAUCAAAAAAAUGAUUUCAUCUAGUACACUAUAUCUGUUUCUAUAAUUCCUUUUAAGAAUUAUCAAGUAAUAUACUUGUGAUGACAUAAACAUAAGAAUUGUUCAAUUUGUCAACACCUUGUUAUUUAGUUCUACUAUAUAACUGUUUUGUAAAGGCAAAUAUAUUUUCAUCACAACCUCCCAAUAACUUGAAAAUAAUGGAGAGCAAAACCAACAAAUACUUAGCCCUGAUUCUUGUUACAUUCUUGAUCAGUCUUUACUACCAUCCCAUCUCCGCCACACCACAACAUGGCCAUGCCCAUUUCGUGCUGGUUCAUGGGGCCGGUCACGGAGCUUGGUGUUGGUAUAAACUCAUACCAAUGUUGAAAUCUCAAGGACACAACGUAACUGCAGUUGACUUGGCUGCAUCCGGGAUCGAUCUAAGUCGGGCUGAAACUAUCUUGUCGAUCAACGAGUAUAUUAAGCCACUGAUGGACCUAAUGAAUAGUCUAAACGUGGAUGAGAAGGUGAUUCUGGUGGCACAUAGUUUUGGUGGGCUUGCUAUUUCCAAGGCCAUGGAGUUAUUCCAUGAUAAGGUUCAUAUGGCUAUUUUCGUUACUGCCCUAAUGCCUGGCCCAACCUUCAAUUUCACGUUUCUUUCUAAAGGGUUGGUGAGGUGGCAAGCUCCAUUACUAGACAUGAAGUUUAUAUUUGGAGAUGGGCCUAAUAAACCUCCUACUCUUUCCAUUGGAGGUCCACUUUUCCUUUCUUUAAAUAUGUAUGACCUUAGUCCAAGAGAGGACGUUGAAUUGGCGGGUGCAUUGGUUCGGCCACAGCGCUUAUUCAGCAACGAAGAUAUAGACACAAGUCUUGUGCUCACGCCCGAGAGAUACGGAUCGGUAAAUCGGAUCUUUGUAGUGUCCGAGAAAGACAAAACAUUGAUGAAAGAGUUCCAACUCUGGAUGAUCAAGAACAAUCCUCCUAAUCAUGUGGAGCAUAUCCAGGAUUCUGAUCAUAUGGUCAUGAUUUCCAGGCCGUUGGAUCUCGGUGACCGUCUUUUAUCUUUGGCUAAGAAGUUCGCUUGAAAAUAUUUGACAUUUGAUUCAACAUUUUGUUGCGAGUUCUUAUGGUUAUCAGUUCUACUAUUCUUGUGUGAGUAUUUAUAUUUUGUAUGUGAUCAUCACUCUGUAUUUGGUUUGACUUUUUUUGUGCACGUGGUUUGACUUUUCAACAUUUGCAACUUCAGCUAAAUUAUUUCAUAAAACUAAUCAAAGUAAGUCGAACACUUUAAUUAGCCUGCCAUUAUGGAAUAGGGAUCAUGAGAAGGCUAAAAUCUAAUGAAUCGAAAUUUAUUACUUACAAAACACUCGCUAUUUUCCCUGAAAAACUAGUCAUAUAAAAAAGAAAUUAAUAUGUAAAUUUAAAUUGGAAGAAAUUGACUUAACAAAUCUAUUAAAUAAGCUUGAACAUGGAUACAUAUUUCAUCUGUGAUCUAAUUCGUGUCAAGAACACGCUCCCUAUUCAAAUCCAGUCGUUCUAAAGUUUUGAGACAUUUUUAAGAAACAAAUUAACUUAAUUCACGCACCUAACUAUCGAUUCGCAGCAUUGUUUCUCCAUAGAAAGUGAUUCUUCUUUCUCUGUAAAACUUUGAUUAUUUGGAAAAAACUGUCAAUAAUAGAUAACGAAUAUAGCCAGUUUUGAAAGUUGUAACUGCAGUUUUUUAAGUGUGCUUAUAAGAUUGGAAUGAUCUUAAAGACAGUUAAAGCGAUUUAAUAGUAAAAAAGUUUUAUAAACAUUGACGAUUUGAUUCAUCUGUAACUCUUCAAGAUUCUUAUAUACACAAACCAACAACUUCCAAAACGCCACAUGGCACGAGAGCUACUAACUUUAACGAGGCCAAAACCCAAAAAAAAA